AGAAGAGGAAGACCAUAGGUGGCGAUAAACACUUUUUUACAUGCAUUAGCGACGGCGUAGAGGGACACUGAAUCAUUGACCUUUUUUAUGUUGUUGUGCAUAUUCAUCGAUUCCUUUCAAGCGAUUAUAGAUUAAUUGUGACGUUUUAUUAAGUGUUUGAUGAUUCAGACGCUGGACGAGAUUGGUCAUUGAUCUGCCCUUCACUCUUUAUUAUAUUAUCACGAUGAUUUUAUGGCAGAUCUUAUACCUUUUAUUGUUAUGGGUCACAUCGUGUGGAACAGUUGACAUGGUGCUUAUUCCUGGUGGGAGUAUGACGAUGCGAACUAGUGCUGCUAAUGGGAGAGAUGGGGAAUCACCAACACGAGCUGUCACUGUCCAGCCUUUUAAGAUGGACAAAUAUCCUGUUACUAACUUCGACUUCAGGGAAUUUGUCAGACUGCAAAAAUAUAAAACAGAGGCCGAAAUGUUUGGUUGGAGUUUUGUCUUCCAGGACUUUGUGUCUGAUGAGCUGAAAAGCAAGGUCACUCAGAAAAUUGAGUCUGCUCCCUGGUGGUUACCAGUCGAGAAGGUGUUCUGGAGACAGCCAGCAGGACCAGGCUCCGGUAUCAAGGACAGGCUAGAGUUUCCUGUGGUGCAGGUCAGCUGGAAUGAUGCACAAGCCUACUGUCAGUGGAAGAAGAAAAGGCUGCCAACUGAGGAAGAGUGGGAAAUGGCUGCACGUGGAGGUCUUGAUGGCAGGACAUACCCAUGGGGCAACAAGUUCUUGCUGAACCGUACUAACUUGUGGCAGGGCAGAUUUCCAGAUGGGGACACAGUUGAAGAUGGCUAUCAUGGCACAGCUCCUGUAACUGCCUAUCCUCCACAGAAUAACUAUGGACUAUAUGAUAUGCUGGGUAAUGUCUGGGAGUGGACCUCCUCACGUUUUCCUGGUGCUCAGACCCAGUAUGUCCUGCGUGGGGCAUCCUGGAUCGACACAGCUGAUGGUUCAGCCAAUCAUAGAGCUUGUAUCACCACUAGGAUGGGAAACACACCAGACUCUGCCUCUGAUAACCUGGGCUUCCGCUGUGCUUUAAGUUCAAAUGCAAAGCCAAAGAUGAGCAAAACAAGAACUGAGCUGUAGGAUCCAAAUGUGUAAUGACUAGCUGAUGCCAGUGGUGCAUUAUGAAAUGAAUUUGACAUUUCUCCUGUGGAGACAUGAACUUCUGGAAUUCAGUGCUUGAUUUACCUUUUUUUUUUACACAAAGUACUGCUGUAUUAAAAUCUAAAAA